AUGUAGCCUGGAUCGGAGUUUCUAACAAGCCGCGCGGACAGAGAACUUUCCAACAACAGAAAUCGUUCUCCGGACUUGAAUUCAAGAAGAAAGCGGCGGCACGACGACGAUGGCGAUCGCGGCGAUGAGCGCGAUCGUCGCCACGCUUGGGCAGAUGGCAACGAUCGCCGUGGCCAUCAUGAAAGCUGGCGAGAUCGUGAAGAUCAGCAUCAUGGCGAUAUUGAUAACGGACUAGAAGAUCUGUCCAAUAAUCCAGCAGAGUUACAACGACGCUGUAACGCUCACAUUGCAAUGAGCGAAAAUCAGGUGACACUUAACACUUUUUCGCGUCAAGCAGAGAUCUCAGUAUAUGCGUCAUGUUUCACAUUAGGAUAA